UCAGCACUGCAGAGCUGGCCACCCACCACUGCAUCUCCUUGGAAUUUCCUGUGGCACGGAGGCACUCUCGACUUCUGUGGAUUACACUUGCUUCAUCUCAGCAGGCUGCAGAAAGGAUCAUUCAGUCAGUACCAAGCGAUUAAUGGCAACCAGUUUGGAAACCCCAUCAUUGAAAGGCAACAAGAGAAAUAGAAAUACGGAGUUAGACUCAAGUUGCAUAACCUCAGAACAAACCUUUCCAACGAACAGAGUAGUGGAGGAAAAGAUGGAGGUUGCUUCUGAACUGAGCAGGCGAAAUUCGCACAGUGGGGGCAAUGGGUUCUUUGAAAGAGGUGUUAAAACAAUAAUAAGCUUCCGGAAAUCAAAACAAAGUCUGUACGGAGAGAAAGGAAAGGAAGGCACUGUUACUUGGAAAGGAAUACGACUUUCUCUGCGAUCCUCCAAGACCUGCGAGGAGGCCAAAACCACGAUCUGUAAUGGUGUGGACGAGAUUAGUGAGAAGAUAGCAGCAGAGCCCAUUCAAGGAAAACCUCUUUCAGUCAUGGAAAUCAAUGAACUUAUACAGAAAAGGCAGCUUUUGGAAGCAUUUGCAAGUAUCAAGUACUUGGAAGAUGAGACAAUAGCUGAGCGAGAUGCUGAGAAAUACAAAGAUAACCCCCAGGAGUUUGUGAGGAAAUCCAGGGAUGUGGAUUUGCUUUAUAACUCCAUCACAAAUGCAAUCCAAUCCAUUGUGGUGGGAACACUGGAGCAUCCCAGCGUAGAGGAUACCAUGCUGACCUCCCUGGUGACUUUAAUCGCCCGUGAAGAAGCAGCUCAUCCUAAUACAGGCAAUAAUAUUGGUCCUGGAUUGGACUUGCUCGGCACACCCAGAAAGUGGAGGGAGGAGUGGAGGGAAGCUAUCAAGGAUAGUGCUAGAAAGAGAGUCCAGAGCAUACCCAUGACAUCAAAGGAAGAAGAGAGUUCUUGGCUUGAUCUCCACUUAGAUGUCCUCCAGAAACACCUGAGGGAAGACUUACUGAAAAUCAAGUUAUCAGUAAAAAAGUGCUAUCCAGAGGAGUACCAGGUGUGUGACGUGUAUGUGGAGGCUUUUCACAAGGCUAUUGCCUCACACUUGCAAGAUCUCUCCCAGAGACUGCUGGACUUCAGUGAGCUCUACACCUUGCUCAACUGGGUGGCCAACACCUACCACAGUGAACUCUUUCUGGGUCACCCUGAUCUCAAACCAGAAGUUAAAACAGAAAACCUGUCUCUGCUGUUAACACCAGAUGACUGGGAUAAACUGAAAAACAACUACGUCAUUUCUGCAAAGGAGAAAAUCAAAAGCUAUUUUGGAAAUAUCCUGAGACUGGAGGUCACGGAGAAGUGGCAGAAAGAAGUUCAUCCAGAAGUGAAGGAAAAUCUCUACCACUCCUCUCUCUCCUUUGAUAUUCAAACGAUCAUUGGGGAGUAUAUGAAGAUAUCUGGAGUGAUCAGCAGAAGCCUGGAAAAGAAAAUGCUUGAGCUGAGCAUGGUAGAGCUGCAUGAAUUCAUACCAAGGUUUGGAGAGGAGUUUGUGGCUUGGAGCACUGCCCAGGACAGCUCCAUCUUUGCACCCUAUUUUGCUGCCUACAUCAACAGCUUCUACGACCUGGUGUCAGGGUUAGAAAAAGCAUUUAAAGUCAACACUGAUGAACUACAGAAGAUUUUGGCAGCUCUGACAAGGAACUUCACAAAUAUAUUUUUAAACAAAUUAAGAACAAAAGCACAGCCCCUCCUUAAGAAAAUCCUGACCAAGGACUGGAUUUUGGCGACGGAAAGGCCAGACUCACUGGCGUUAGCAGUCUCACAGUUCUCCAAGCACCUGCAGCACAUGAGGGAUCCUAUGGGGCAGGAGCUUCUGCGUGAUAUUCAUAAGUACAUGGUGAAGCAAUACAUCAUGCAGGUCAUCAAAACCAGACGGCAAAUGAAUGGGGAGACACGUCAGCAAGUGAGUGAAAAGAUGAACCAGGAAGCCAAAAUCCUUAAUAAUACACUCAUUGAUCAGGGCUCUGACUCCGACUGGCUGCUUCCUGCCAUACAUCACAUUGCCAACAUUAUUGGGGAGAAGAAAAAAGACAAGAUCAAGGAGUAUGUCAAGGACCUGUGUCAAGAUUACCCAGAUAUCAGGAAGGAGCACAUCCAGGCGAUCCUCACGCUCCGGGGGCUAGGGCGCACCAGGAGAGCAGCAAUUCUUCAGCAAGGUUACUGGGUGCUGGACAGCCCCGAUAGCAGGGAAGGCAACACACUCUUCGCUGACAUAGAUGCCCCUGUGAUCAUCAGCUGCUUCUAAAACACAAAUAAACCAGCAUCCUCCCUCUUCCUACGCCACCUCUAUGGCAUGACCCCAAAUCUGCCACCAUACCUUGCUCCUCUGCAAACACAACUGACUGCUGUGGGAAAGUCAUUUUCGGAACUUGAUACCAUGAAUUCAGAAAACAAAGGCAACGACUGUGCCAAGACACUGACCUCCAGCAAGAGCCCUUGAGCAGCAACUCCAGUCCAGACGUCAUGUCCACCCUGCACUCAAAAUACAGAUUUUAUUGCCUGGAGGCUGCUCUGUUGUUUAGUCCAAGACUGAAUCUCUACUCAGAGAACAGGAGAAAACCAAAUGCAGUUCACUCAGAGCUAUAUUAAGGCUUUGACUGUGUUGCAUAAUUAUACAGCAGGAGAGCAAGAGCCUCCUUCAUUAGUGUCGCUGAGCAACCACGAGGGCAGAGCUUCAGCAGGGAUGUGGUAGUGCACAAGUCUUAUUUCCUUCCUGGUGAACCUGAUGGCAUCACACAAGGACAUCGUGACCUGAUGCCACAGACCACUGCCUGGGUGGGGAGGAAAACCUUGGAGGGUAACCAAACCCCACAGCCAGGAUAUGCAGUGCACAGACCUCUCUGGACUCCAGGAUGGGCACUGUGGCCCUUGUCCCUUCUUAUGUUCCAGUAGAUUUUCCUCACUCAUGGGCCACCUUGCAAAAUUCACACUGGACUGAAGAUCUUUCAUGUCAUCACACUCUCUCAGUGCAGGCAGAAAUGCCGCGAACAGAGAUGCUGUGGGGAAGGAGGCUCCAAGUCCUCCUUGCUCCGGGAAAAAGGGUCACCAUGCCCCUAGUCCAUUUUCUUGUAUGUUCAAACAUAUUUUAACAAAUCUGGUAAAAUCUGACUGCAGUAUGCUAAUGUGGGCAGACAUAGUGCUGUGGAUUAGAUCCUUAUCUGGUGCAAAAAAGCAUGACCCCAUUGAUUGUCAUGAAACAUCACUGGUUUAACUCUGAGGAAUCCAAAGCUUUACAUCCAGCAUCUGCAGGGAAGACUAAAAGAAACAUGAAGCAGCCUGCAGACACACAAAUCUAAUUGUAUUUAAUCCAAUUUAUCCUUUAGGUUGCACUCUGCAGGAAUGAAUCCAAGACUCUGUACAGAGACAUGUUUACUAUCUAUCAGUUAAUGUGAUAUAUAUGGACAUGGUAUAGCCUUGAACACAGAUUGCACCUUCACAAUCAUCAUAUGAAAAAUUUUGUAAGGUAGGCUUGCUAUCUACACAGUCAAGAUGAGGGAUUUUCUAACGAUGGCUUUGAAAAAUAGGGUAUAAAUUGAGACUUUGAGGCCGGAAGUAUUGGGAGAAAUGUUCUGCCCUGCAUCAUUCUUCAAUACAGCUCAUGACAAUUCCUGCAAAACCUCAUCUUGGUGACUCUCUAUAUUUGCUAUUCAGAAGGAGAAGUAAAAUAUCAUCUGCAUCUCCCAUUAGGUGUGCAGAGAUCAGGAACACCUUGGAGCUCCCCUUCCCUGUCCUGGUGCAAGGAGGUAGCCCUGAAUUACACCCCUCCAUGGGUGUGUGAGCUACAUCCUCCAGCCCAGGAGAGGGGCAGGAUAUCAGCACUGAGAGAUUUACAUUUAUGUCAAAAGCAUUGACUGAGUUGCAGAAAUGAAAUGGGAGAUUUCAACUUUGGCAUCCUCAGUCUGAGAUACCUAAGACUGGAUUUUCAGAGAAGCACAGGAUUUGAGGCACACAACAAAGCCAGUGGGAGUUUUGGCGCAUUAAAAAUUUCCCUCUGCCUGUUAGCAUUUUUUAACCAACCACCUCACGCAAGAUGUCUCUGGCACAGGAGUUUUCCCAAGUGCAUUAAAUGUAUACUUGGUUUUCAGUCUUAUUAUUUUACUGGCAAUCUCUCCACAAAGCAGCUGCCUUUCCUCAGACUCUGGCUGAUUGGCCCUGGGAUUAGAUAAGUCUUCCGUUUUCUAAUAAAAGCAAGUUGCUACCCUGAAGUCAAGGAGGAAAGCUGGGCACAAUGACCCACCUUUUGUGACAGGCUCUCUUGGGACACUCAAAUCCUGCAGCCUGGUAUCCUGUGAGCUGGCAGCAGGAGCACAGCUUACUUCCUCUGGGAGCUGCUGUGCUUCUGCUGCUUGCUUUGGAGCAAACCACAAACCAGUUUAAGGUUAAACCUAUUAGAGAGAGACUACAGUUCAGUCUCCAACCUGUCCCAGUAGCCAUGAAAGUGGAGAGGGAGAUCCAGGGCAGGGAAGCAGGGUUGCCCCCUCAGUCAGGGCUGCAAGAGCAGCUGCCAGAGACACUGGAGCAAGGAGAGAGGAAAGGCUAGGAAAGGCUAUACACUCCAAAAUGAGCUGCUUCUCCAGCUGUCUUCUGUGAGACAUCCAGUGUUGAUUAGGACCACAUUUUACAUUCCAAUAAAAGAGAAAACAAGGCCUCCCAGAGCUUUUAUUGUGAAAUAUGUUGCUCUUGUAGGAAAAUGCCAAGGAUCUCACUUAUUACCCUGUUAACUACCCCGGUUUGCUGUUACCCUAUGGUUUCCACCAUUACUCCUAUUCCUUUCCUCACACAGAGUUACGUUCCCCACCAGGAGACACAGCUCUCUCUUACC